UCCGCUACGGAAACCGGAAACUACCAAUUCAUAACUCGCGAAAAAUAUUUUAGACGAGUUUUAUUAUUUGGCAAACUAGCCACAACAUUAUUAUGAAUAUAGAAAACAUGCUCGACUCCACUCUUGAAUAGUCAAUCGUUUAAACUGACUAUAUACUAGUUUAGUAGAGCGGUGUUUUAACGUGUUAUUAUAACGUGACAAACAGAUUGCGUUGGAAGUGCUUGUGUCUUUUCACCGGUGCCUGCAAGGUGUAGCUGUUUGCUAACUAGCUAACGUUACUAGCUAUCUAUCUGUUUUUAGAGUAGCCAAACAACCGUUAUAUUUUAAGAAACAUAUGAAAUUAGCUGUUGGCAGAUGUUUUUCAAUUUAUUAGACCUGUAGGGCAACAGAUCACAGUUUCUGAAUGGGUGGAAAGAAGAAGAAAUCAGCCACUGUCCCUACAGUCCAACCGGCAGCAGCAGGCAACAAUGUUCCUGCUGCUGGAAACGGCGUGGCUGACCCUGCUACUACUGGGAAAAAGCAGAAGCCAACUCCUGCUAAAGCUGCUGUGAAAGAUAUCAAGCCAAAAGGUCCAAAGACCUACAGCCUCACAAACACAGCACAAGUGGACACAGGAGGAGUCACUGACAAGUCUAUACUCAAAGUUGUCAUUCAAACAGACUUGGAGAAGAAGAUCAUCAAACUGAUCAAUGAUUUCAGGCAAGAGAAUGGAGACAAAGGACCGAUAUCAGGAAGACUCACCAACAAGAAACUGCUGGAUCUCUACUUAGCUCUGCAGAAGUUCAAGUUUAAGACGGAGCACAUUGAGGAAGCCAUGAAAAGCAGUGUGUUGUAUGGAGGAGACCUGCACUCUGCCCUCGACUGGCUUUGCCUGAACCUGAAAGAUGAGGAGCUGCCAGCAGGUUUCAGUCAGAGGAUGCAGGAAGAGAACCAUGAGACCAAGCCAAAGUUCCAGCCUGCACCCCAAGCACCCGAACCUGAGUCUCCCAAAGAGCCGAAGAAAGAGCCUGCAAAGGUGCCUGUGAAGGAUGAGGGAGCCAGUGUGAAGGAGUGGAUCCUUAGAUACGCAGAGCAGUCCAGUGAGGAGAGCAGCGAAGAAGAGGAGGAGCAGAGUGGGAAGAAGACACGGAACCCAGAACUGGAUGAGAAGUUUGAUCCGAACGACAGGUACCUGGUGCUCACUGCACAGCUGUACGAUGCCAAGGAGAUGGCUGCUACAGCCAAGGCCAAGAAGGACAAAGGAGGACAGAGGACUGCACAGGACAGAAUCAGAGUCAUACAGCAAGAGAUGAAGCCACUAGAAUCCCAUCCUAUGUUCAACACAGUGAUAAAAGUUGUAGACACGCCCAAAAUCGAGGAGAAGAAACCACCUGCUCCAACUGAGGGCAAGGAAGAACUGGCAUUCGGCCUGUUUGAACAAGCUGAAAAGGAAACGCCCCCUCCCGCAGAGAAAACAGCGAAAAAUAAUGAGCCUAAAGACAUCCGUAACUUUGACUACACGGCUCGCAGCUGGACCGGCAAGUCCCCCAAACAGUUCCUGAUUGACUGGGUCAGGAAGAACCUCCCUAAGAGCCCUGCUCCCUCCUUCCAGAAGGUUGCUGCUGGGAGAUACUGGAAGUGCAGGGUUCGUGUUCAGAGACUGGAUGAUGUUUUGGAGGUUUGUCCCAAUAUUCUCACUGAGGACGGCAUGCAGGCUCAGCACCUGGGUGCAACACUGGCCAUCUACAACCUAUGUAAAGGACAGUCAGUCCAUAUGUUGAUCCCUCCCACGUACCGUGAGGUGUGGCUGGAGUGGCGGGACAGCGAGCAGGCAGAGGAGGAGGAGCUCCGCACAGCCAUCAACAAACCCCGAGACCAAUUCAUCACCCGACUGCUGACCCGGCUGAAGCAGCAGCAACCCCAGAAGAAGUGUCCUCCUCCCCAGCCAGGGCUGCAGGGAGCUGGGGACGAGCUCGAGGAUGACUGGGAGAGCCUGGCCAACCUGGAGGAAGAGGAGGACCCAGGGAAAACCAUUACCCCGAAGGAGAGAGGUGGUGGGGUUGCAGAGGUGGCGGCUCGGUCCCUUCUUCUGAAGCUCCGUGGCUCGGCCCUGUCCAGGCGGUUACAGACGGACAGAGAGCAGCUCCCGGUGUUCCAGCACCGCGUGCGGGUUAUGGAGGCUCUGCGACGCAACCGUGUGGUGGUGGUAGCGGGGGAGACGGGCAGCGGGAAGAGUACCCAGAUCCCCCAGUUUAUCCUAGAGGAGCUUCUGACUGGGGGAGCUGCUGCACAGCCCUGUAACAUAGUGGUCACCCAGCCACGCAGGAUCUCUGCCAUGAGUCUGGCCAGCAGGGUGUCUCAGGAGCUGGGCUGUGACGAUGGGCCUGGAUCCAAGUCAUCGCUGUGCGGCUACCAGAUCCGGAUGGAGAACAAGUCUUCGGACUCAACCCGUCUUCUGUACUGCACCACCGGGGUUCUCCUCAGGAAGCUGCAGCAGGACCACAUGCUCAGCUCUCUGACCCACAUCAUAGUGGACGAGGUCCAUGAACGCAGCGUCCAGUCUGAUUUCCUGCUGACCAUCCUGAAGGAUAUGGUCCAGAAACGGUCCAACCUGCACCUGGUCAUGAUGAGCGCCACGGUCGACUGUGAUAAGUUCGCUGCCUACUUCAACCGCUGUCCUAUAGUCAACAUCCCUGGCAGAACCUUCCCUGUCGAGGUGUUCCAUCUGGAGGACAUAGUGGAGGAGACAGGCUAUGUCCUGGAGAAGGACUCUGAAUACAGCCAAAAGAUCCUGGAGGAGGAGGAGGAGGUCAACAUCAACUUCACGCAGAAAGGAGGGAAGAGCAUGCAGCACCAGGAGUUUAUAGUGAAAGACUCAGGCUCUGGCUGGGACCUGGGUCCUGACCUGGACCACUUCAGCAGCCGGACCCGCCACGCCCUGCAGUACAUGAACCCCAACAAAAUCAACAUGGAACUGGUCCUGGACUUGCUCGACUACCUGGAUAAGUCUCCUCAGUUUGCAGUGGUGGAUGGAGCUGUUCUGGUGUUCCUCCCAGGUCUGGCCCACAUCCAACAGCUUUAUGACCUGCUCUCCACAGACAAGAGGUUCCGUGGCAAAGACAGGUACAAACUGGUAGCCCUGCACUCCACACUGUCAUCUAAGGACCAGGCUGCUGCAUUUACAGUGCCCCCUACUGGAGUUAGAAAGAUUGUGCUGUCCACAAACAUAGCGGAAACUGGAGUAACAAUACCUGAUGUUGUGUUCGUUAUUGAUACCGGAAAGACCAAAGAAAACAAGUACCAUGAGAGUAGCCAGAUGAGUUCCCUGGUGGAGACGUUUGUCAGCAAGGCCAGCGCCCUCCAGAGGCAAGGCAGAGCAGGACGCGUGCGGGACGGCUUCUGCUUCCGCCUGUACCCCAAAUUCAGGUUUCAGGCUUUCAUGGAUUACUCCAUACCAGAGAUACUGAGGGUUCCACUGGAGGAGCUGUGUCUUCAUAUCAUGAAAUGUGAGUAUGGCUCUCCAGAGGAGUUCCUGUGUCGAGCCCUAGACGCGCCCCAGCCCCAGUCUGUGAGUAACGCCGUGUGCCUGCUCCGGAGGAUCGGAGCGUGUAUACCGGAGGGCCACGCCCUCACCCCGCUGGGUCACCAUCUCGCCACCUUGCCUGUCAACGUCAAGAUCGGCAAGAUGCUCAUCUUUGGUGCCAUCUUGGGCUGCCUGGACCCCAUUGCGACUAUAGCAGCAGCGAUCUCGGAGAAGUCUCCCUUUGCCACACCCAUGAACCAGAAGGAUCAGGCUAACCUGGCUAAAGCUGCCCUGGCUGUAGCCAACUCAGAUCACCUGACUAUCUACAAUGCUUACCUGGGGUGGAAGAACAUACGCAGUGAGGGAUAUCGAGCUGAAAUGGCCUACUGCAGGAAACACUUCCUGAACCGUACCGCCCUCAUCACCAUAGAGGACAUCAAACAGGAGCUGAUGCGUAUGAUGGACCAGGCUGGAUUCUCUGGUUCCUCCAGGUCCGGUCGAGGACCACCUUCCCGGGAUCGGUCUGACCCCAGAGGUCCCCAGGCUCCCCUCACCCCCCUUGGUAAGCCUCAGAUCUGUGUCCUGAACGCGGUGCUGACGGCAGGACUGUAUGACAGCGUGGGGCGGAUCCUCUACGCUCCCUCUGUGGACGUCCUGGACCGGGUGGCGUGCUCUGUGGAGACCGCCCAGGGGAAGGCCCAAGUCCACCCCUCCUCUGUCAACCGCUGCCUGCAGACACGCGGCUGGCUGCUCUUCCAGGAGAAGGUAAAAUACUCUAAGAUCUACCUGCGGGACACGACGCUGAUCUCUCCCUUCCCCAUGCUACUGUUUGGAGGGGACAUCGACGUACAACACCGGGAGAGACUCAUCUCUCUGGAUGGAUGGAUACACUUCCAGGCCCCAGUGAGGAUCGGAGUGAUCUUUAAACAUCUGAGGAAGCUCAUAGACUCACUACUGGAGAAGAAGCUGGAGAACCCAAGGAUGAAUCUAGAAGAUGAGAAGACCAUCCAGUUGAUAAUAGAACUGAUAAAGAUGGAGAAUGUCUUCUGACCACUGUGACCUCUGACCUCUCAUUGGAGACCUCGGUCAUACAUGGUUGUCCAAGGACAGAUGGACAUCCUAAAGCAGAGGGUGGUGGUUGCACUGUAUAAUGACAUUUAAAUCAUGAAAUUAAAGAAUAUAUUUCUUCUCUUAUCAAUGAUGACUGUUGCCAAACAAAAUAAAGCUGUAUGAGGUGUUGAUGGCUAAUUUAUGUUUGAUAUCUGUUUUAGGGAAAUAAACAUUUGAAAUUAAUUCAUAGCUCCCUCCCUCGGAAUGUAACAAACAUCCUUUGGUGAUUAGCAUGUCUUUGUUUUCUAAAAUAAACAAAACUCUAAUGGC